AUGAACAAAGCAUGCGAGGCUUGUUUUUCCGGUUCUGCACGGUGAAUCAGUUGUUUCAAGUGUCUCUCAGCUUUGCGUUAAGACGCCCUCGGGCCGUUUCUUGAUUGCAGGCAAGAUGUCGGUGCGGAAAGUUGCGCUCGUGACAGGCUCGAACAAAGGCAUCGGGCUGGCGGUGGUGCGCGCGCUGUGCAAACAGUAUGACGGAGACGUGUACCUGACGGCGCGCGACGUAGAGCGCGGGACGGCGGCCGUGGACGGGCUGAAAGCGGAAGGACUGGCGCCGCUUUUCCGCCAGCUGGACAUCACGGACCCGACGAGCGUGCGCGCGGCGCGUGACUUCUUCAAAGCGGAGUACGGCGGUGUGGACGUGCUCAUCAACAACGCGGGGGUCGCCUUCAAAAUGGCUGAUAAAACACCGUUUGGUAUCCAGGCUGAAGUGACGCUCAAGACUAAUUUCUUCGCCACUAGAGAUAUGUGCAACGAGUUCCUUCCUAUCAUCAAGCCUGGAGGAAGGGUGGUGAACGUUUCCAGCGUGAUGAGUUCCAUCGCUCUGAGCCGCUGCAGCCCGGAGCUCCAGGCUCGCUUCCGCAGCAAUGACAUCACAGAGGAAGAGCUGGUGGGGCUGAUGGAGCGCUUCGUGAAGGAUGCUAAGGAAAAUGCACACACUCAAAGAGGCUGGCCUGAGACCGCGUAUGGCAUGUCCAAGACCGGCCUGACUACCCUGACCAGGAUCCAAGCCCGGAGACUCACGCAGGAGAGGGCUGGGGACGAGAUCCUGUGCAAUGCCUGCUGUCCAGGCUGGGUCAGGACCGACAUGGCUGGGCCAAAGGCUACAAAGUCUCCAGACGAGGGCGCCAUCACUCCAGUCUAUCUAGCUCUUCUACCACCUGGGUCCAAGGAACCCCAUGGGCAGUUUGUGUCAGAAAAGCAGGUGCAGGCCUGGUGAGCAUAUGUGUUUGCUUGACAAUAAGCUAGUUUGGUUUUUCUGUGCAUUAAUGAGACGAUCAUUCAAACACUCCUUGGCAUGUGUGCUGAAUAAAAUAAAACAAUACAAUUUGUGUCAGUCUGAAUAGUUCACACAACCAGAUAAGAGGAUUGAUUUAUUUGAUUUAUUGAUUCAAGAUCUUUAUCAUUUUAUUUGUGACUUAUUCAGUUUAUAAUUAAUAUGUUUAUAAUUACACCAUUUAUCAUAUUCAUCACCAUCACCAAUGUUAAUGAUUUAUAUUCAUGGCUUGUGGACUAUAAACUAAAAUAAAUAUUUUCACAUUCAUGUUCCUUUCAUUCUACAAACGUUAUCAUCAAAAAUAUUUUUAAUGUUUUAAAACACUACUAUGCAUGGCUUCUGACCAUAAACUAAAUAAAAGACUUUUCUAUACAAUGGACUCUAGAAUUAUUGGCACCCUUCAUGAAAUCAAGCAAGAAUAGAUACCAUAUCCAAUGAGUGAAACUUUAAAGACAGUGUAUGAAAAAGAAAUGGUUUUCUUAUAGAAUAUGUGGUGGAAAUUCACCUGUAAAAUGAGAAACCACUACCAACACUUGAAUGUGCUCAAGAAAAUAUUUUAUUCAAUCAGCAGUUGUGCAUGAGGCCAGGUAGACACUCAUAUCUUGUGGAAAUACACUUAUAAGAAUUUGAAGAGACCAAACUCAGGCAAAACACGUAUUCCUUUAUGAGUAAGCUGCUUAAGAGCUGAUAAACAAGUCAGAAGCACUUCUGUUGAAGCUUGAAAGUCUGUAAGCAUGACUCAGCAUGAUAAUCACACGUCUCUGCCACCUUUGUAUCUCCAACAGGAUACUAUACGGUGAAAAACAAGAAUUUGACUCUAGACAGCAACAUUACUGAUAGAGGAUAAGAGUAAUACCAAAAUGACUUUUUAAGAUAGGAGUGAUCAUCUUUUCUGAGAUAACAAUUUCAUUCACGUUCUUGCAUUCCUCAUGUCUCAUAGCGAGACCCUUUCCUCCCUUCCUGCUGCCAUAACAUGGAUUGGUUUCCAUGUUACAGGGAAACAUGGGGAGGAUUACUUUCUUUAGCUUCAUGAUUCAUCAGUCUACUUCCCAAAGACAAUAGAUUCUGCUUUUAGACAUCAUGUACUUAUAACAAUAUAUACGAUAUAUAAAGUUACUACAGGGCUGCAUUAUAUCAGGGUUAAGUAAACUGGUGGGAGAAAAUGAAUAGCUUAGAAUGUGAUUAGUGAGUAUGGAAGAGUAAGUGUGUUACGCAACCAUGUUCACAUCAAUAAUAGUGACUCACAUUGAAGCAUUCAAGCCCAUGGUUUCUGUUAUGAUUAGGGUUGACAGAAAGUAUCUAUAUCCUCCCUUUGGCACUUGUUUGGCACACAUCUGUGUUAUACAUCUUAUAUAUAUAAUAUAUAUAUUAUAUAUGUUAUACACGUCUGGGUCUUAAAAAUAUAGUUCAGUUAACACCUCGAUACCAUGUAAUGUUUUGUAUAAUAUAUUUUUACUUAAUGAUAAUGUUUUUGAUGUCCGAUAUGACAUGACUACACACGUGAUGUUUGGGGUCAUAUUGACCC